AUGACCCCCAUCCUCAAGGUCCUGCUCUGCCUUGGCAUGGGUCUGGGCCUCAGGACUCCAGUGCAGGCAGGGAACCUCCCCAAACCCAUCAUCUGGGCUGAGCCAGACUCUGUGAUGACUCGGGGGAGGCCGGUGACCAUCUGUUGUCAGGGGACCCUGGAGGCCCAGGAGUACCGUCUGUAUAAAGAGGGAAGACCAGCAACCUGGAUCAGACAGAUCCCACUGGAGCCUGGGAACAAGGCCAAGUUCCCCAUCCCAUCCGUGACAGAGCACGAUGCAGGGCGAUAUCACUGUUACUAUCACAGCCCUGCUGGGUGGUCAGAGCACAGUGACCCCCUAGAGCUGGUGGUGACAGGAGUCUACAGCAAACCCACCCUCUCAGCCUUGCCCAGCCCUGUUGCGACCUCAGGAGAGAACGUGACACUCCAGUGUUGCUCACAACUAGGAUUUGGUGGAUUCAUUCUGGCUGAGGAUGGAGAACGCAAGCUCCAUCAAACCUGGGUCUCACAGCGGCACAAUGGGCAGGUCCAGGCCCUGUUCCCUGUGGGCCCUGUGACCCGCAGCCACAGGUGGACAUUCAGAUGCUUUGGCUAUUACAUGCACAUACCCCAGGUGUGGUCAGGCCCCAGUGAUACCCUGGAGCUCCUGGUCUCAGGAGCGUCCAGAAAGCCCUCCCUCCUGACCCAGCAGGGCCCUGUCGUGGCCUAUGGAGACAGCCUGACCCUCCAGUGUCGCUCUGAUGUUGGCUACAACAGAUUCGCUUUGUCCAAGGAGGGGGGCUGUGACCUCCCCCAGGGCUCUGGCUGGCAGACCCAGGCUGGGCUCUCUCAGGCCGACUUUCCCCUGGGUCCUGUGAGCAACUCCCAUGGGGGCAGGUACAGGUGCUACGGUGCACACAACCUGUCUUCUGAGUGGUCGGCCCCCAGUGACCCCCUGGACAUCCUGAUCGCAGGAUGGAUCCCUGACAGACCCUCCCUCUCAGUGCUGCCGGGCCCCACGGUGACCUCAGGAGUGAACGUGACCUUGCUGUGUCAGUCAAAGAGCCAGAUGGACACUUUCCUUCUCUUCAAGGAGGGAGCAGCUUAUCCCCUCUUGCAUCUUAGAUCGAAGUACCAUGCUCGGCAGUACCAGGCUGAAUUCUCCAUGAGUCCUGUGACCUCAGCCCACAGGGGGACCUACAGGUGCUAUGGUUCAAAAAGCACCUCCCCCUACCUGUUGUCAUACCCCAGUGACCCUCUGGAGUUUCCUGUUUCAGGAUCCACUGGUGGCCCAAGUCCCCCACCUACAGGGCCCUUCUCACCACCUGGAGGCCCUGAGGAUCAGCCCGCCUCCCCCACAGAAGCUGGAACACUGAGUGUUCUCAAAAACUACCAGAACAUUCUGAUCGGGGUCUUAGUGGCCUUCAUCCUGCUGCUCUGCAUCCUCCUCUUCCUCCUCAUCCAACACCAGCAUCGGAGCAAACAGAAGAAGCUGGCCCAGAGACAGGUUGAUUUCCAACUUCCUGCAGGGGCUUCAGCACCAGAGUCAAAGGACAGAGGCCUACAGAAGAGCUCCAGCCCAGCUGCUGACAUCCAGGAAGAAAAUCCCUCAGAUGCUUCCAUAAAGGACACACAGCCUGAGGACGGCAUGGAGCUGGACAGUCGGAGCCCACUUGAUGAACACCCCCAGGAAGACACAUACAGCAAGAAAAGCCACUCAAGACUCAGGCAGGAAGUGGCCACCCAUCCUUUCCCCAUGUCAGGGGAAUUCUUGGACACAAAGAACAGACAAGCAGAAGAGGACAGGCAGAGGGAGAGUCAGGCUGCUUCAUCUCAAGAUCCCCAGGACGUGACUUAUGCCCAGCUGGACAGCUUGAUCCUCAGACAGGAGACAACUGAACUUCCUUCGUCCCAGGACGGUGACGCUGCAGCUGAGUCCAGUGUGUACGCUACUGUGGCCAUUCACUAGCCCAGGAAGGACCCAGACUCCAACUCCAAGAGGGAGAUCCAGGGACCCCGGAAGGCACAGGAGCUGCCCCAGUGACACUCACUAACGAACCCCAGCCAGCCUGCACACCUCACCUGGACCACCAGGAGAUGCUGAGACCUUCUGCAAGUCACUUGAUUCUGCAGUCAAAGACUAUCUCUACAUUUUGGAAAUAAAGCAACAGACUUCUCAGUAAUCAAUGAGUAAAAUGAGAAAACACAACAGAAGCAAGAGAAUGUUUUAAAUUGAAUGACAAUGUAAAUAUUAUACACCAAACCUCUAAAAUGGAAAAUUAAGAGCCAUGAAUGAAUGUAUUAGGAAAGAAAAAGCCUUAAAAAAUCAAUGAUCAUAACAAGAAUUUAGAAAAAUAGUAAAUUAUUGCAAAUGAAGAUAGAAAGAAAGAAGUAAUAAUAAGAGUACCUGCUAACAAGGACGAAAAAUAGAUAAAAAUUAUUAAAGCCAAAAACGUUCAUUCUUGAAAACGUUAAUGACAUUUAUAAAUCCUAGCCACAAUGAGCAAGAAAAAGAGAGAGCAGGCCCACAUUUCCAUAUAGGAAUGAAAUCGUGGGCAGCACGACAGAUCCUACCCAAUUUAAAAAGUUAUUGAUAAUGUCAAGAUCAAGGGCUCAGAUCCACAUACCAGCCAGCUGCCCGCCCACCCCCCGCCUCCAAAAAAAGAUAAUAACUGAACAUUAUGACCAAUUUUAUGCUAAUAUAUUAUAAAAUGUGAAUAAAAUGGACAAAAUCAUCAAAUAUGCGAUUUACUUAACAGACAUAAAGAAUAAAUAGGAAAUCUAAAUCACCUUAUAUGUAUUAAGUACAUUCGCUCUGUAAUAAAAAUUUUCACAAAAUAAACGCCA